AGCAGUAGUCGGAGAUGAAACGCGGUCAACUUUUCUCACACUCAUACCUUUUUUCCCUUUCUUUCAUCUUUCUUCUUCUUCUUCUUCUUCUUCAUCCAAAAUAAUAUGGCCAACGAAACCUGCCGCUUCGACCUCACCAACUCCUCCACUGGCGCCGCUCCAGCUCACGCGCACGACCACAACGCACACUCACAUUCGCACGACGCGCACGAGCAUGGCCACACGCAUGAACAACUUGAUCACCCUGGCCUCUAUGAGGAACGUCCCAAGGCCACGUAUCUCAACCGUGACUGGACCGAACGUGCCUUUACCGUCGGCAUUGGCGGACCUGUUGGAUCGGGCAAAACCGCGUUGAUGCUGGCGUUGUGCCAGAGACUGCGCGACGGUUACUCCGUCGCUGCUGUCACCAAUGAUAUCUUUACAAAGGAAGACACUGAAUUUUUGGUCCGUAACAAGGCUUUGCCUGAAGAAAGAAUUGCAGCCAUCGAGACGGGUGGUUGUCCUCAUGCGGCUAUCCGUGAAGAUGUCUCUGCAAACUUGAACGCACUUGAAGUCCUUCAUGCCAAAUUCAACACACAGUUGCUCCUGAUUGAAUCCGGUGGUGACAACUUGGCUGCCAAUUACAGUCGAGAGCUUGCCGAUUUUAUCAUUUAUGUCAUUGAUGUUGCUGGUGGCGACAAGGUCCCCCGCAAGGGCGGUCCCGGCAUCACUCAAAGUGACUUGUUGAUCAUCAACAAGACCGAUUUGGCUCCCAUCGUUGGCGCUGAUUUGGAUGUCAUGGCUCGUGAUGCAAAGAAGAUGAGAGGCAAUGGUCCUACCGUCUUUGCUCAGGUCAAGAACGGCGUUGGCUUGGAUGAAAUCAUCAGUUUGAUUCUCGGUGAAUGGCGUGCCAGCGGUGCCGCCAAGGAAUCGGCAUAAUUUAAAAUCAAGUGGUUGGACAUAGUUUUUUUCAUAUGAAUCUCUCUCUCUCUCUCCUCUGUGUAUAUGGAUAUACCACCAAAUUUUGGGUUUUUUUUUGGUUUCAAUCCCGACGUUUGUCGUCUGUAAAACAAAUAAACUAUAAAGUAACAACCUGUCUU